GAACCCGUGACCUGCCAAGACAAGGAGGUAAUGGACGUAGUUAGUAGCCACUAACCCAAUAGAGUAAGCCUCAUACGUGUUGCUGUAGAAUUAAUGGGCCAAAUCGAAGGCCCAUAUUGUUUGCAAAUUAAAGGCCACUUAUACGUCGUCGUCACCGCGAGAUUGGUUAGAAGCUGUUUCAGUGAAUCGAAGAAUGGGACUGUUAAGCAUCAUUCGGAAGAUCAAGAAGAAAGAGAAGGAGAUGCGUAUUCUUAUGGUUGGACUUGAUAACUCAGGGAAGACGACGAUUGUUCUGAAGAUGAACGGUGAAGACACAAGCGUGAUCAGUCCGACUCUUGGAUUCAACAUCAAAACCAUAAUCUACCAAAAGUAUACGCUGAAUAUAUGGGAUGUUGGUGGGCAAAAGACUAUAAGAUCUUACUGGAGGAACUACUUUGAGCAGACUGAUGGGUUGGUUUGGGUGGUGGAUAGCUCUGAUCUCAGAAGGUUAGAUGAUUGCAAGAUGGAGCUUGACAAUCUCUUAAAGGAAGAGAGGCUUGCUGGGUCAUCUUUGCUGAUACUAGCAAAUAAGCAGGACAUUCAAGGUGCUCUUACACCUGAAGAGAUUGGUAAGGUGCUGAACUUAGAGUCCAUGGAUAAAAGCAGGCACUGGAAGAUCGUGGGUUGCAGUGCAUACACAGGUGAAGGUUUGUUGGAAGGAUUCGAUUGGUUGGUUCAAGACAUUGCCUCCAGAAUUUACAUGCUUGACUAAUCUCUCAACUACUGCAUUGCGCAAUGGCAUGCUAUGCUCGAGCAUUUCCAGCCGAAGAUUCAGUUUCACAGUCCUCACAGACACCCCCACGUUGUGCCUAUCGAACCUGUUCUUUUAUUACCAUUUUCUUUAUUCAGCUCAAGUGACUUCACAUCUGCACUUUAGCUUUUCUUUCAGCCCUUAUUGUAACAAUGAUUCAACAAACAUGUUUGAAGACAAAAAUCUUCUACU